CUUUACAACGGUAUACCACAUUUUACUAAAAUUAUUUGUUUUAUUGUUAAAAAUCGGCAGCGAAAAAAUAGUGACAACUUCGCCUCGGUUUCCCAUAAAGGGUUGCUUGGGGAUUAAAGGGGUGAGCUCAAAAAUCGAAACUAUAAGCUCAUCAUAAAUAGCUCUUAAUUCUGCCGCAAAGAUUGAUUCAAUAUUUCUAUUUUUAAGUAAUGGGGGGAGGCGUUGACUCAGCCCCCCUCCACAAAAAAUAUUAAAUUUCAGCCCAGUGUAACAAGCUAAAAAAUUUUAAUUAGCGGGAUAUGAACUUUGAAAGCUCAUAGUUUGUAAUUUUGUGCUUGUUUUUUAAUUUCUGCAAGAUGAGAGGGGGGCCAGCUCAACAGGGGUCAUUUUGCUCACAAGUAAAUAAACAUCCCCUCGUGUUUUGGAAAAAAAGAUAAGAGAAUAUAAAACGAGAACAAAAUAAAUAUAUUUAUAUAGUGGAGAUAUUCGAAUGCAUCCUAGUCAACAUUUUUAUAAUAUUACAGAUCUAUAUUUUUUAUAUUAUGUGUCGGAAUACAAUUCACGUAUUUUUCAACCGUUUGUAUUAUCAGAGCAAGAUCGUUUAAUACUUGGCCCUAAUAUCGAUGCCAUCGCACAAUACCUGUCAACGUUGCCGCGAACUCUGAAGCCAGUAACUGUGUCGAAACUUGACACAGAAGAACCAUCAAAAUUCAAGAAUAAAAUAGAAAAUUACAUAAGUCCUUCAAAAUCAAUUACAUACAUGUUGCAUUCGCAACACACAGCUAAUAUGAAGAUAACAAUUACAGUCCAUAAUUUUGGAUACGGAACGAUAAAAGCUUGUUCUUGGAAUCAAUUCAAUAGUGAAGAAACUAUGGCAUGUCAACAGCUUAAUGCGCAUAAGGAGAUUAACUUAAUCGACAACUAUACAUGCAUUGAUAUACGCUGCCCUCACAUAUAUCUCCGUAUACAAAACGCCACUUCCUUUUACAAGUGUGCAGAAAUGGAAUGUAAAUUACCGGAUCAAGUGAGAUAUAUCAUAAGGAUGCAAAAUACAUACAACUCAGCGGAAAAAAUGAUAUUUAUAAAUGUAUUUGUAACGCUUUAUUUAUAUUUACAAUUAGCUGUAUUUAACAUAUGAGGAUCUUGUUCAAUAAAACUAAAGCGACUUAAGGUA